AUGGGUUCUCAAUUUGAUGCCGAGUCGGCUCCUUUCAAAGUCCUCAUCCUCGGUGGUUGCUAUGGUGGUUUGGCAGCUGCACUCAACCUGGUUGACCUGUCUGAGGGACGUGCCGCGCGAACAGGGAAUGGAGUUUUGCCCGGCCACGAUGGCAAAAUCCCUAUCGAUAUUACAAUUGUUGAUGAGCGAGAUGGUUACUACCACCUGAUCGGCUCUCCCCUAGCCCUCGCAGACGAAGACUACGCGGCCAAGGCCUGGGUCAAGUACGAAGACAUGCCGGCCCUGAAGACGCCCAAGAUCACUUUCAUCCAGGCCAAAGCCACCAACGUCGACCCAUCCAACAAGCGCGCCACCGUCCUCGAGACAGCCACACAAAACCCCAAGGACCUGACCUACGACUACCUCAUCGUGGCCACCGGCCUCCGCCGCGCCUGGCCCGUCGUCCCGCAGUCACUGUGGCGCAAGCAGUACCUGCUCGAGGCCGGGGCACAUAUCAACGCGGUGACCAACUCGCCCGCGGGCGUUGUGGUCGUGGGCGGCGGCGCGGUCGGCAUCGAGAUGGCCGCCGAGCUCAAGGCCGUGCGGCCCGAGACACGCGUCACGCUCGUGCACUCGCGCGACAAGCUGCUCAGCUCCGAGCCGCUGCCCGACGAGUGCAAGGACAAGGCGCUGGAUCUGGUGCGCGAGUCGGGCGUCGAGGUCCUGCUGGGCAAGCGGCUGGCGGGCACCGAGGAGGUGACGCGCGAGGGCGCCGGGGCCGUGACCGAGGUGACCUUCACCGACGGCGAGAAGAUGGACGCCAGCGUCGUCAUCAUGGCCAUCAGCAAGGCCGUGCCGUCGACCGAGUUCCUGCCCAAGGAAGCGCUGCAGGAGGAGGGGCUCGUAAAGGCACGGGCCGACCUCCGCUUCCCGGUUGAGGUGCCUAAUUCUGAUGUCCAUUUCGCCAUCGGCGACGCCAUCAAGUGGUCUGGUAUCAAGAGGUGCGGCGGCGCUAUGCACAUGGGCUUCUUCGCCGCCCACAACAUCCACGAGCUCGUCCUGGAGAAGCUUACCGGCGCUGCGCCAAAGUUCCGGGAGCUGGACGAGGUGCCGCCCAUGAUUGGGCUGGCCGUGGGCAAGAAGGCUAUGUCGUACGGCCCGGACCAGGGGGUUUGUGCCGGCGAGGAUGUGAUGAAGGUGUUCUUCGGAGAUGACCUGGGUUGGUCCAUCUGCUGGAACUACAUGAAGCUUGGCGAGGAACAUGGUCUGCCCAAGGGCAGCCUCGUCCAGGGCUGA